CAUGCUGCCAACCCCCCAAGACUUUGUAAAAACGACUUAUCACUUUUACAUGGAGGGAAAAAUGGAGGAAAUGCUUACUGGGUUUCGGUUCUACCCUACAGAAGAAGAGUUGGUUUCCUUUUAUCUUCACAGCAAGCUUGAAGAGAAAAGACUAGAAAUAAAUCGCGUUAUACCCGUCGUCAACGUUUAUCAGCUCGAGCCAUGGCACCUCCCAAAACAUUCGGGGGAGCUGUGCCGUGGAGACAGUGAGCAAUGGUUUUUCUUUGUCCCAAGCCAGGAAAGAGAAGUACGGGGAGGGAGGCCGUGUCGGACCACGGCCUCGGGCUACUGGAAGGCUACUGGUUCGCCAAGUUACGUUUAUUCAUCGGAUAGUAAAGUGAUCGGAGUAAAGAAAAGCAUGGUGUUUUACAAAGGCAAAGCUCCCACUGGAAGAAAAACAAAAUGGAAAAUGAAUGAGUAUAGAGCCAUUGAGGAAGAUUUCAACACUUCUAUUCCCAAGUUGAGGCAUGAAUUGAGCCUGUGCCGAGUUUAUGUGGUGUCAGGAAGUUCUCGAGCAUUCGAUCGACGCCCGAGCGGGCUUGGGCCGCCGCCGCCGCCAAUGAUCAUCAAUCAAGAAAAUGAUAGUCGUGGUGAUGGUGUAACUUCUGAAUGUGCAAAAACAUUGUGGGCAUCAGAAAGUUCAAUGUCAGGAGAAAGCCAUGGAGGAGGCUCCAAUUCGCAGAUGAUUAAUGGUUUAGAAUAUCUAGUUGAGUAGUGUUCUUAAUUAAAGUGAGUUAGGCACAUUAUAAAAUAUAAUAUCUUGAUCUGAAAUUAUUUUCCAAAACGCUUAACGAGUGGAACUGAUUUCUUGUAAGAUAAAUACGUAUGGGAUGUAAGAUAAGUGGAUUUGCUUUUAACAAUAGUUUGGACCUAUAAAGGGAUAUUGUACUACUUGUAGCAAACAUUUUCUGUUUUUAAUUUAGAGAGAAACUUACCACAAAA